AUGCAGGCGAGAAAUUGGACGGGUUGUGGUCAAUCCGUGUGGCACUACGCGCCGUACUUGAACGACAUCAAAAUUAAGAAGUUACGCUUCGAGCUCGAUGAAAAGCGCCGUGAUCCGGUGGCGGCGGCGCAGCUGCCGAUGGACGAUAAGGAUUAUUACGAUGAUACCGAAAUCGACGAAAACUUUAAGGCCCUUCAGGUGCCGGCAUUGUUCUCAAGUCGCCGUCGCUCUUCACGACGUUCUGUACGCUCAGCUUCAUCCGAAGAUGUUCGUUAUACCAAUAUCAAGACACUUUUCAAGGAUUUCUGCAACAGAACUAGUUCACACGGUGUACCAUUCCUAGGAUCUCCUUCGUUCUUUGGAUGGCGCGUGUGGAUGGCGGUGUGCUUUUGUGCCGCCACUCUCUUCUUGUGUCAAACCUACUGGACGCUAUCCGAUUAUUUCCAGUACAGGACUAUUAUCGAGAUGCAAUUGAGAUUUGAAGCAGCACCGUUCCCCGCCGCUACCGUAUGCAAUCUGAAUGCUUUCAAAUAUAGUGAACUCAUCCAAUAUGAAGACAUCAAAGAGGGAGUAAGUUCUUUCCAAAUGUUCCGUAAAACAUCGUUCGAUCACUGGGAAAAGGUCAUCAACGCAAAGGAAAUGAAUGAGAUGCUUCGAGAAGACGAACGCAUUUUAACAGCCGCCGAUCAGCGUUGGAAGCGCUCGAGCUCUCCAGCCGAUGACAAUGAGAUCAAAGGAGCUGUCUAUCAACCGAUCUUUGUUCGUUGUUCGUGUCUGAAUGUGGAACAGUGUGUCCCCAACAGAAAUCCUCUCGAGGUGCAACAUUUCCAAGAAAUCAUUACCAUAUAUUUUUUUUGUACUUGGUCUCUUUCAAAUGCGGUAAUGAUAACCAUGUUCCAAGGUGCAUUGCUUCAGAUGCGUAUGUACAUUGAAGCAACUGUCUGUCAACUAUCAAAAAUAGUGAAUGCUUCUGUAUGUAUGUGCUUUGAAGACGUCACCAGAGGACUGAUCUGGCCAUGUUAUCCGACUUCCGAAUGGAGCGUAAAGAAGUGCCACGACUGUUCCGUCAUAUCAAACACCUGUCCAGAACCCACACAUAAUAAUGUUAGCGGCAAGACGCAGCCAUGCCUUUGCCAGAGCAUAUCACAUCACUGUAUGGUACAUCCAAAGGACGAAAUCAAAUGGUGGAAUCCGAACAACUACACAAUUUUUCCUGUGACAGACCCUCCUGUUACAGUUACAGAAACUGAACAGGCCUUCGGUCUACUGGAUCUCAAAGACAAGGGAGCCAUUACGACGCAAACUAAGGAAAAUUUGAUCUUUCUCGUUGCCGCUCUUCCUCGGGAAAUACGACGGAAUCUCUCAUACACGCUUAGCGAGUUCGUUCUCCGCUGUUCUUUCAACAGCAAAGAUUGCAAUAUGGAACGUGAUUUCAAGCUACACAUCGACCCUGAAUUCGGUAACUGUUAUACUUUCAACUUCAACGAUUCUGUCGAGCUGAAGAACAGUAGGGCAGGGCCCAUGUAUGAAGCGGCAGGUGUUCGUAUUGUAGUUCAUGAACAGGAUCAGGAACCGUUUCCGGACACAUUCGGCUACAGUGCACCAACAGGCUUCGUAUCGUCGUUUGGACUAAAGACGAAGGUGCUUCACAGAAUGGAUGCUCCAUAUGGUUCAUGCAGCGAUACGUUCCGACCAGAACGCUAUAUUUACGACGAGCACUAUUCGCCUGAGGGUUGCCAUCGAAACUGCUUCCAAUUGAAAGUGCUUGAUCAGUGCGGUUGCGGCGAUCCACGAUUUCCACUACCAUCGGAUGAAAAGCGAUACUGCAGUGCGAAGAGCGUGGCUGACAGACAAUGCCUUUCAAAACUGAUCAGCGCCUCCGGUGGCUAUCACCAUCUUCAGCUCGAGUGCGACUGUCAGCAGCCAUGUACAGAGAACGUUUUUGAAACCGCUUACUCAGCAGCUGCAUGGCCGUCUGUGAACUUCAAAAUCGGUACGUCGUUUGGUUGCCAUCGAAACUGCUUCCAAUUGAAAGUGCUUGAUCAGUGCGGUUGCGGCGAUCCACGAUUUCCACUACCAUCGGAUGAAAAGCGAUACUGCAGUGCGAAGAGCGUGGCUGACAGGCAAUGCCUUUCAAAACUGAUCAGCGCCUCUGGUGGCUAUCACCAUCUUCAGCUCGAGUGCGACUGUCAGCAGCCAUGUACUGAGAACGUUUUCGAAACCGCUUACUCAGCAGCUGCAUGGCCCGCUGCUUGCACUGAGUACUAUCGUGUGAACACUGCCUAUAUCGAAAUUUACUACGAGCAGCUGAAUUUUGAAACUUUGAAGGAAACUGCUGGCUAUACGAUGGUUAACCUAUUCUCUGAUUUCGGCGGCAACAUCGGCUUGUGGAUUGGCUUUUCUGUGAUCACUAUCUGUGAAAUCAUCGAACUGAUAUUCGAAAUUGGCUACUAUCUACUCUACAUCAAACCAGUACGGUAA